CCCGCGAUCCUCAUCUGAAAGCGCAAAACAGCCGCCGAGUGGAGGAAAUGGAGGUAUCGGCAUCAGUACAUUUGUUGUAUCGGUAUCGGAGCAUCUGAUGGGAUCUGUUUCGGCGUCCCGUCGCUGCUCUAGAGGAUGAUUCUUUUCCGAAACAUACGCGACAGCGUCACGACCCGUCUGGUGGUCGGCUUGUAGCUAAGGAAGCGUAUAGCGCCAAGAUUAGCCAAUUUGCUCGGCGUUAGUUGAUUCGGUCGUUUCAUUCCGAAAACAUCUCACUCGAUGAUACAUACCGCUCACCAGUAGCGACACGGCGGGCUUUCGUUUAGGUCUAGUUGGGAAGAAAAAUACGCGCGCUUGGACUUCACACCGUUGAGCGCUGUCGUUCCUUAUUAUAUAAUUACAAACUGUGAACAGAGUGUAAAAAGUGAAUUAAUUCUAAGAUCCAUUCCUGAAGAGAUGGACAGUGAUAGUGGUUAUACACGACCGUGAUUUUCGGUAGUACAAAUCGAACAGAUUAUAGUUUUCCAUCCAACGGUGAAUAGAUCUCUCCAUCGGAUUAUAGAGAAACAACCAGAGAGAUAUACGACAACAAAGUAUCCGGAACUAGCGUGUACCUGGAUGUUACAAAUGAAACGAGGACCACAUCAUACGUAAAUCUGAGCGGGAUUUUUAAUUGGACCUGAGCAGAAGGAAAAAAACAAACGAAAUCAAAAGUUCAAACGGCGAACAUACAAGACGGUACAAGACAAGAUGCUGAGCGUUUGCUGACACAAUCCAUCUGCUCGACGAGUGUGUGGAUCUAGCAUUCAGCAGCAUGACGAAAAUUUGUCUGCCGUGGGGAUAGCGAACGUUCGGCAACAGGUGAUGUCAACGUCAGACGAUCGCAGUAAUUUAAUUAAAUCGCAGUACGACGACAAUAACACGUCUGGUUCGGCGAUUGAUCUGAUGACGAUAACGGCUGCGGAGCGUCAUGGCGAUUGCGAAGAUGAUCGGGACGGUAGUUCGGAUAAAAAUAGGUAUCAAAUCGACAGUGUCGCGCGGGCCGAAUUCGAAAGUAAGACUAUAAACGCACGGCGCCGGUGGAAAUUGUUGGCAAAGGCAUUGCGGCACGACUCAAGUGAAGAUGAUCAGAUUUUGAAAUUCAACCUUAUUGAGAUCGAUCGCGCGUACGAUGAAAAAGAUGAAAAUAUAUACGUUUACAGGUUGGCCGAUCGAUAUCGGUUGAAAAUACGACUGAUCGGUGAAAGACCCUGGACGGCAUCCGAGCUGAUGGGAUUCAACAAUACUGGAAACAUUUGUGUGUGGCCUUCGGAGGAAGCAUUGGCACACUAUAUGUUGUCAAGAUUGAACCUUUUCGAGAAUGCUAAUGUGCUUGAACUGGGCGGCGGAAUGACGUGUCUUGCGGGACUCGUAUUGGCAAAAUAUGGAAAUCCAGCCUUCGUUCAUGUGACGGACGGAAAUGAACUGUCGGUGGAAAAUGUAAGGAAGUCACUCAUCUUGAACAAGUUUAAUUGUACCAUCAAAACAUCCGUCCUGAAAUGGGAGACGGUCAACAGCGAGCAGAAUCUGUGCCAUCCCGAUCGAUCCCGGUAUCAGUUUAUUCUAUCUGCGGAUUGUCUCUUCUUUGAUGAAUCUCGUUCUCACCUUAUCGAUACAAUAUGGCUGCUGCUUGCCGACAACGGAGUUGCUCUCAUCACCGCACCUCGGCGGGGACAAACCCUGACCCAGUUUCUCGAUGAAUGCGUCGCUAGAGGUUUUGACUACGAUUUGCUACAUUGCUACAACCAGGAAAUAUGGGCCAAGCACUUGGAGCUCAUCAAAACGGAGGGUUAUGACGAAAAUAUACACUAUCCGUUGCUGAUCAAAAUGUACAAAAGGGAUUGCAAUUCUGGACCUGAUUAGUACAUGUGAUCUUGUAGAUGGGAAGUAGUUUAUUUAUUUUAAUUUUUUGUGCAAUUCACACCGUUUCAUAGCAAACAGUCCAAAGAAAAACGCGCACUAACACUUUUGUUGAAAGUGGUAAUUUAAUUCUAGUCAAAAUCAAAAUAGGUAAAACAAUCGUUAUGGAUGGAAUGUAUAGUUGAAUACUAUGACUUCGAAAACGAGUCAUUUAAUUAUACUUUUACAGAUUGAUCUGUAUGUAGUCAGGAUAAUAGAAAAUUGAAUCAUAAAAUAAAUAUUAGUAUAUCUCAGAAUAGGUGUCAUUAAGGCAAAAUGCAAUAGCAGCUAAACAAAAUUUUGGAAAAUUGACAAUUACCCUUUUUCUGUGGAAAUUACUAUGAUAAUAUAAAAUGCCAAUGGAAAAUGACGACACCUAUUCUAGGACACACAAAACAUGCAAUUCUGGAGGAUUUGACUUUCAUCGAAUUGAGUUGAAUCCAUUUAGAAUUCUUUCUCGCGCAGCAAUUUUUUUGUCCGAUGUUUUCAUUGGGUAUCCAUUUCAGCCUUCAUAUGUUCGUCUUGUCAUUUUCAAUGAGUUCCAGCGACUUGAUUCAGGUAUCAUGCUGGAUAGUCUUGUAACCCCAUAAAAUAUUUUCCGCGGUGAACGUUUAGGAAUGACGUUUUUCAUGCAGGUUUUGUUCUCCAGAACGGAAUAUUAUUCGACUUUGAGGAUAGAGUUGAUUAUUCAGAUCUAGUAGCGUACAUUUAGGCAUAUUUCACGAAAAGCUCUCGUACGUUGUGAUAAGAAUUUUUUUGAUAUUUCACAAACCAUGUUUGAAGAUUACACAUUGCAAGCCACUAUUCGGAAAAUGGUAAAUGUAGUAAAUAACUACUAUCGUACACAUUUUUUUUAUAAUCCCUCGUAUCAGAAAACAAAUCCGGUCAGAAAGACCAUUCCAACGAGUUUUGUUGAAUCGAAUUCACCUCCAAGAUCGUGCAAUUCAAUAUCGUUUAACUAUUUUUGUGGGACUAAAUUGGAUUUCUCGAUAGCGCUUUUUCGAGACCAUAUGCUGGAAAGCAUAUUCAGAUGAAAAUGGCAAAGAACUGCCUUUCGAAUGGUGCCAAAUUCAUAGCAACCGUUUGUCUGUGUUUUAUUUCAAUUUACUGGUAUAUGCAUCACAGUUCAUUUUGAUUUGUUGAUUAGUUUUGCUAACAACAAUCUACUAGACGCUCUAAAUUGGUGAUUUUUAUAGCUUGUACAUUAAGUGAUGGAUACUAAGAGUAAUCCAUCCUCAAUAUGUCACAGAUUCACGGACUUAGAUUAUUGUUUAUGCAAAUCAUAACAAACGACUAAUAAUCAAUGUAAUUUCUUUUGGCUUCGAUGACCGAGCGUAAUCGAUUUGGCUCGUUUUCUAUCGGUUUUCCGAGCGUCUCAUAGCUUUUACAAAACAAUGUUAAGCCUGUUACACAGUUGUACCGAUUUUAUCCACAUUAUUGACGAGUAUAAUCUACAUAUCUUCAAUUUGAUUCGAAUCAGUACAAUCAUAAGCAUAUUUAAGUAUUAUGCACCGUUCCACAUUUUCACAGAGUAUUUUUACCUUGUACAAAGAAAUGAAAUUUUUCUUAAAAAAAAAACUCAUGUAUAUUGUAUUCAAAUGGAAAACUCUACUUUAUUAAAAGUGUUUAUAAUCUAUACAUUUUUCCCAUUUUUUUGACAAUUUGUGGAUGUCACGCCAAAAGAAAUGUUCCUCUUCAGAAGUAAACCAUUCAUCAAGUUAUUCCCCAGAUUAUUGCCAAGUUUCGGUAGCUCAUAGUAGAUCAAACUCAUCUGAUCCAACCACCGUUGUCUUACGUCUAAAGCGAUUUGGCCGUGCAACCGAUGUUGAUCAUUCUCUUGGACUUCGACUUUCGACUCUUAGGACCAGUGCUGAAAAAAAUCAAUUCACUCUUUUGAAUUCGAACGACAAAUACCAUCAGCUAUCAGUUGACAUCACUUCUCUUCUAACCAAUAUCGCCGGAUAACCGGCUACUUUGAUGUACGGGCAUGUUUCACUCAUACGGAUCUCUUCUCACUGUAUCCCUUCCAUUCUAAUGAAAAACCAUACCUUCAUUCAAGCCGCUUGUCAUGCUGUUAUUUGUGAUUUCCGUUUGUCCCUAUCAAUUGAACUAGUGACCGACACUCAAUUGACAUCCGACGUUGAAUUGGUAUGUUUUCUGAAAAAAACAGAGGAACAACUGGCGAGAGUGAUUUUUUUAUUUCUUUCAUUCUUACGCUCCUCGCAUUACUGUGGGAGCGUGAUGCUAAUACAUGACCAAGAGGCAUUAUAAAAUGCUCUCCCAUCGCCUGCUCUGUGUAUGCCCCGCUUAUAUGACCGAAAUCAUACUUCAAUGCGGAAAGCCGAGAUUAUGAGAAUGAAUUAUUUGUUUUCGUUCGGCCAAAUGCGUUCAUCGCAUUCAAAUGAGAAGAAACAGCGUUCGUUCGACAAUGAACCCUUUCGGAUCUCAGUUGACAAGGUUAACCAAAUUCAAGCGAUCGAGCAAUGCUUUCUUUGGUGACGAAUAGUAUUCUUUGUUAUUUUCGUCGAAUUUUUUCGAUUGAGACUGAAUUUUCACCGCACUGCUUAGGACUCUCGAAAUAAAUUCACUUUUCAUAACCAGUCACAAUCAAAUGUAGGAAUGACUUCCUUUUGUACCUGGCGAGCAGCAUUUCACAUGUGAUUUGUCGGAUUUCCAGCUGUAUUUCGAUCAGCCCAUGUGGAACCCAUUAUCGAUCUUUUUGAUCUUUCCCAUGGCCUUCAAACAUUUGGAGAUGACUUAUUGAGUCACAUUCAAUCAGUCUUCAGAAAACAUGCGCUGCGUUGAGCUCGAGCUCAAUUUUCAUCAGCGCGCUCAAAGAAAACUCGUAUACUCUCUUGAUACGAAGCGCACCGAAAUCCGGAACAAGUGAACCCAAAAUCAGCACGGUGCAGAAUGCAGAUACCAAACAUCCUUUCUCACUUGUGCGGUGCAAGCCUCAUUCUAUACACACGCACAUAUAAAAUUCUAGCGCCUGUCUUGUCUUCGCUCGUUCUAAGCUAAGCAUAAAAACAACAGCGCGCCACCAUACGCACCGCCUCAACAGAGAAAGCAAAGCAGACAAACAAGAUUUGAGCGCGGUUUACAAUUGUGUAAGGAAACGGUGCAGAAAGGAUGUUCGAACUUUAAAGCGAACGGUGUUGAAAACAAAACAUUUCAACUUUGUUUCGGUGCGCGUUGAUUCGUCCGGGCGCAGGUGUGCGCAAGGAGUGAGAGUUCAACUGGGUGUAAAACAAAAAGUUGCACAUCAGCACCGCGCUGCUUUCCGAAGACUGCAUUCAAUUGAACCGCGAAUUGUUGUUGUGUUUGAGUGUUAUCUUCUUCCAAAAGUGUUUUACUUUCCUCGAGCUUUCCCGGGGGUUUUCCACGCACUUCGUUUCCCACGUCCAAAUCACGAUUUAAUUUUUUUCUAAUCACUCAAAGCACUGCGAUUUUUCAAGAGCAUUUGCACCGUAAGCUUCGACAAGCAACCGAUGCGAUUGUGCAACAGUUUGCUUUCAAUGGUUGUAGGAAAUCAAUACUGACCACAAAUCGUACUUUAUAGGCACAAAAGUCGACUUGUUCAAAGCUCUUCAAACCUAUGUUGUUGACUUACGUUUUAACGCCACCGCAGCUACCAGACAAACAUAUGCCGUCCGAGCCUAAGUAAAGGAUAAUCCGCAGAAUAAAUUCCAUUACGAAAAAAAAAUCAUUAUAAACUUUGCGCUUUUUACGUGAGGCAUCUAUAACGUUUGCAUUAAAAAAAUGGACUUUUUUAUAUUGAUAAAAAAAACUAAGACAGAUAGUUGAGUUUGAUUAAUUUUCCAUGGAAUGUAAUUAUAUAACCUUACUUGCAAAAAAAAUCUACGUCCUUGCGAGCGGCCUUCCGGCAGUUAACCUGAACAUUCGCCAUGGCGGACGAAAACAUGCGUGUAGGCAUGUUUUUGAAUUCUUUCUUCGUCUUUUUCAUCAAUUCCUUCUCAGUUUUCACGACAAAAUUUUUUAGAGUAGAUCUUACGCUUCAGUUUUGCCUAGAAAUUCUCGAUGGGACUCAGCUGGGAGACGUUGGGCGAGUUCACCGAUUUGGGUACCAGCCGCUCCAUCUCCUCUAACGAUCGCUUCGAGUAGUAGGCCUACGCCAGAUCCGGCCAGAACAUCGCGUCUUCGUCCUUAUGGUUUUUCUUGAUGGACGACGCAACUUCCGACAGGCACUUCAUACUAUAAAUUUCCCCGUUCACGGCCAGCUAAAGAAGAGCGGCGUGAGCAAUUUUCUUUGCGGUUAUUUCCGUUGCGUUUAUUUUAUUUUCGAUAGUUUUCCGAUCAUGCCCAACAGAUAACUGCUUGCGCGUGUGAAAAACAAAGAUCCUCUUUAUUGCACUUCUGCUGCGGUGGCGUUAGUACGUAAGUACCAAAACAUGCUUUGUUAUAAAUUGAAAUCUUUUGCUAUAUGUUAAAACAAGACAAUGGACACUAUUAAAGAAAUUGAGUCGCUAAGAAUUUUGCUCGUUAGAUCUAUUUUACUAUGGGCCCUAUUCCAGAAGACGAGCGCUCUUCUCUUUUGUUUCCAUAUUCCAGAAGCUGAGCUCGAAUAAAAACAGACGCGUAGCUCGUCUGACUCGACCGUUCGGCCGCGCUCGCUGAUGAAUCAGUCGAGUCGUCUGUAGUUUGUGUUGAUGUGUUUGUUCACCUAGUUGAUCUGAAGCUUCGAUAUUUUUUUGUUCUGCUUUUAUCUUCAGAAUUUGGGUCUUUUCCAAACAAUACAAUCAAAUGUAAACAUUGAACUCAUAUCCAGAUGACUGUUUUGAAUACAGUAGAAUCCCGAUUAUCCGCGAAAUAGUCGGGCUAGGUCGACACGAAUCACGAAAAUCGCGGAUAAAGCAGUAAAGGACUAAAAAAUAUAUUUCCGCAUUAAAACUAUGUUUUAUCAAUAAAUAAAUCAUUAAACUAUCCAUCUGUAAUGUCGUAAAAACCUGUGGUCAGAUAAUGUGAAAGCCAUGAGCAAAACAAAAAAACAUGUACCUACCACUCAGUGACAAAUUUCGGAAGGGGCUAUAGAUUUACUCAGCCAUUCCAUGCCAAACCGAUAUAGUAGUUCUCAGAUUUUCGUGAAAAGUGGUAGAUUUGUUCUUUAUCCAAAAUAAUUAGACCCGUCCUUUUUUUCCGUUAGAGUGACCAUUUCCGUUUUAUAGUGGUCCAACAAACCACUUUGUUCCCUUUUUUCCUACAAUAUCUUUUUUCAAAAAUUUAUAACUUUUGAAGUUGCAGAAAAUUUAUUUUUUUGUUUCCGUUAUUAUUGAUUGUAUUAGUUUGUUAUGGUUUUUUAUGGAGCCCUCGGGACCAAGGGCUCUAUACUUUUUUUUUGUAUUCUUUCUAGAAAGCUUCUUACAUAAAAUAUCUGAAAAUUAGAGAUGUGUUCUUUUUGUUUUUAUGUUUUUUUGUAGUUAUGAAUUUUUGAUUUUUUUCGAACCACCCUAAAACGGAAAUGGUCACUUACUACACGUACUAUGGAACUUACUUUCGGGAGUAAUCCGCACCGCGGAUCAUCCACUCGUGGAAAAUCAGGGUUCUACUGUAUAUUACCACAUCAUGAAGUGCCUUCACAUCAUUUUGAAUGAAAAAGAAUAAUUCACUACUACUGCUUUAUUAGAAAUACAUACAUAUCGAUUUUAAAAUUUUCUUGAUAAAUCGUUGCUUAGGUGAACAAACAUUGACCCCAAUAAAUCCAUAAUAACAAAACGUCUGAGUGGUGAAACCAGCCGGGUGCUAUGAUUGAUGCUAGGAUCGUUAGCAAAAUCUCAAGCAGAACUGUCAGUGGGAUACCCAAUUCAUAUGAAAACAAGGGGAAAAUGUCAGUGGGAUACCCGAUAUGUUGGCUCCUGUCAGUUCAAUGGGGGUUCUCUAAAGACGUCACCCGGCUGGGUGAAACCAUAUACUGGUAGAAAAAAUGUCGAUGAAACCGAAAUAUGUAUGAAAAUAAAUCCUCUUUGUUAUGAUUUCAAUAUUUUGGCACUGAGAAAGAGUCAUUGUUCAAUUUUUAAAAUGUUUGUUGUUUUUCUCAAAAUAAAAAUAUGUCUUCACAUCUGACAUGACUGAUUAUACCGAGAAAAAGUGACAGAAGUUUCUCCAGUCUACCAAAUAAAACAUUUCAAUGAAACUCGUGUACUGGAAUAUUCCAUAUAAACCCACUUAAACCUUCAUCCUAACCUAAUAAAACUCUCGUCCUAUUUUUAAAGACAUUUUUUGACACAUUAAACUCAAACACUGUACAAACAUUAUUGAACAAACGAAAACAUUGUAAAUGCCGGUGAAAUUCAAAACUAUUUUUAAUGUGCUUCGGAUCGUCCGAUUUGGGUCAAAUAUGCACCGUUUUGUUGUAAAAUUUGUUGUCAUUUUAAAAGUAGCUUCAUAAUGUUUCUAUCAUAGAAGUCUUGGUCUUUAUUUGCGAAAUACUUUAGCAAUAGAUUUUUGCAAUCUUCUCUUGAACCCAAUUUCUUAUAAUUCUGGAAAUUUUGCAAUGCGAGAAGUGGUAAUCGCUUGAAUCCAGGUCCGGACUAUACAGUGGAUGCAUUGACACAUCCCAAUUAAGCUCUCGGAAUUGUGUGGUCCUGUGUUGUCCUGAUGGCCUAAACUUGAAAUUGUAUGAUCGAUAUUACGCGAGAUAGUGAUCACUAAAGCCAGCUACCGAGAAAAUAAUGCAUAACUUUUUCCCCAGCCUGUAAAUCAAAAAAUUAACUGAUCGCAAAAUUGAUCUGUUAACUCAUUUCUCCUGCCGCCACCAUUGUUUCGUUUAUUUGCAAAGAUACAACGACGGUCGAUGGAAUCCACCGAUGAGAUGCAUAAGGAUUUUCAUUUCGAGUAUAAAGCUUUAGUUACUUCGAGCUAGGAAUCAUGUAAUCAGCUCUAUCUUCGUAGAGUUUUGAUAAAAGAAAAUGAUUUUGACAAACACGACAGUGGGCGGGGAUAGAACCGCCAUCUUGCUGUCCAAAGAUUCCUACGUUUAGUAAGCAUGAACGGUACUUUGAAGUGUGGGGAUUUUCUAUUACAGCGCACAUUUUAACUAGUCACAAUGAGAAAAGUAUGAAAGAUACGGAUAUUGUGUACUGGGCGUAGCAACACACCAACAUGCCAACUCUAGCCCGGCCACUGCCGCAAUAUCAAAAAACGUCUGCUACUUUCUGGAAAGCCUUCGUCUACUCUGCGAAAGCGUGAGAGUCGUUCCUGAAGCGGAAUUGGCAGUUAACUACAUACGUUUUGACAGGAUAAUGAACCUAAUAAUACGGCCUACUUCCGUUAAUGGUGCAUAAAACUGAUUCAACGGUCACGCCCAGAAAUCGAAUUCGACUCGAAGUGAGAAUCUGUAGGCUACACUCGUCAAUAAUGUGCACUGUUAACACGUUAAACACCGAUUUUUUUUUGCUGCGCUUUCAGUGUCGCCAGUUCCCAAAGAUAGUUAUUGUAUAAAUAGAAAAUAGACAGCAAUUCGACUAGAAAGUAGUCACAUUUUGUAAAACAUCCGAAAACAAACCGUAUAUACAGCCAAAACGAUAUAGUGGUUUUCUGGGUUUUGUGAAAAGUUGUAGUUUUGUUUUUUAUCGCAAAGCAUUAGACCUGUAUUUUUUCAUUAGGGUGACCAUUUCCAUUUUACGAAUUGUCCGAAAAAUCAACUUUUUCCUCUUUUUCCCAAAAAUGACUUUUUUCAAAAAUUCUUAACUUCUGAACUACUGGACCAAUUCAGAUGAUCGACAUUUUAAUCGACAAUUUAAAGCCAAGUGCCUGGUAGUUUUUGAAAAAUUACUACAUUUGCCGAAAAUUCUAAUUCAGUUCUCGUUCUUAUUGAUUGUAUUCGUUUUUUAUUGUUUUCAUGGUCUCGGAAUUAGCUAUUUUGUUUAAAUAACAAAUUUGCCAUUUGUCAAAUUAUCUAGUCGCAUAGAAAUAUUGAGCGAAAACUGAAAACAUGUUAACUUUGAAAAAUCAUAACGUAAAAACGAAAAAAUAACACAUCUCUGAUUUUUGAAUACGUUCUGUAAAAAAGCCUCAGCCUUCAAGAAAAAAUAUAAAAGAAUAUAGCAUCCUUGGCCCCAGAACCAUGUAAGCUAUAAAAAUCUAAUACAAUAAUACAAUCAAUAGUUUCGAAAUCAAAAUCCAUUUUUUUUCGCAAGUCUAAAAUUUUUCAAAAAAGGCUACCUAAUUGGCUUUCAUUUUAUGUUUCGAUCAUCCCAAUCGGUCAUGUAGAUAAAAAGUUAUAAUUUUUUGUGUUGGAAAAAAUAGAAAAAAUAAUUAUUUUUGAACCAUCGGUUAACUUUUAAAAAUCAUAACUCAAAAACGAAAAAACUCCUCUCUGGUUCCGAAAUAUGUUAUGUGAAAAAUGCUCAGCUUUUCAGAAAAAAAUAUAAAAAAAUAUAGAGCCCUUUGUCCCGAGAUUAUGAAAACAAUGAAAAAACGAAUACAAUCACUAAUAACAAAAACCGAAUCAGAAUUUUCGACAAGUGUAGCUUUAAUUUGAUAUAUCGAUUGUCUAAAUCGGCACAGUAGUUCAAAAGUCAUGAAUUUUUGAAAAAAAAGAGAAAAAAGUUGAUUUUUCGGACAACUUUUAAAUGGAAAUGGUCACCCUAAUGAAAAAAUAAAAAAAAAUAUGGGUCUAAUGUUUUGCGAUAAAGAACAAAACUACCAAAUUUCACGAAAAUCGGAGAAGAACUAUAUCGGUUUGGCAUGGAAUAGCUGUAUAUUUUUAUUUAACUAUUUUGUAAUUGUCAGCCUCAGGCAGACAGCACUUUCCUACCAAAUAGCUCAACGUCGGCCCCUAGGGACCAACGCUGGGCUCAACGUGUUAGUGAACAUGAAUAAAAAUAACGCACUCUCUUGGAGAAUGAUCAUUUUUGUUAAGAUGUUUAUACAUUUUGAAUGUGGAUUAUUAAUUUUAUUCAGCGCAUCAUGUACAAAUAAACAACAAACAGGAUUAUAAACUAUUUUUCAAAUUACGAUGAUCUUCUCGCAAAUUGAUUCUCCGGGCAGUUGUUCGUUUGAAGAAUUGUAUUUCUUUGACGAUAUCAGCAUCCGAAAACCCACAAUACCUUCAAAUGUAGUUUUUCUACGAUGAGUAGUGUACGGAAUCAUUCAAACAACCGAUUUCGGUUCACGAAAAAGAUUUGAGGACGUCGUGAGGAUCAUAGUUAAAUUUUGGGAAUCGUUGAAAAGUUACGGACGUUUUAAGAGGCCCGAGUACAGUCCGCGAAUAUUCUUCUAGUGAAGUGACACUUUCUCAAUUGACAUUGGCAUUGGACUCGAAAUUUUCUCGAAUUUAUUCAGGGAUUGAUUUUAGGAAUAGUUUGGCUACAGUGAGAUCCUUUUGGAAAUGAAUAUGAUUGUCAGAUAGUUUAGGAAACAUAACCCGCUUUCGUAUGUAUUCAAUGGAUCGAAGGGAACAUGAGUUCAGUUUAUAAAUACAAGAUUAUACGUAGCGUAUUCUGUACUACGUAAUAUGAUUGUUAGAAAGAUAUGUUAAAAUCCAAUACACCUAGUAUGAUUACCGUUCGCAACGUCACUUUUAGAUAGAAUAAUAUGUUAUUCAGUAUUUUAUAGUUCUUACUAUCUAGACCAUGUAAGUAAUUCCACCGAUCCUAUCGAUUUGGAAGCAUCGCGUAUUACAACGAAUGAAUUUGUAUGCCGGGCGUUCCAUAAGAAAGAAAACUAUCUUAGAUACGUAACAAAACCAAAAUUAGCACAUUUAAUGAGCAAAGCGUUAUUAGCACAAAGGAGUUCACGAAAAACAAAAACUUCUGACGGUACAGAAGGAAAAGGGAAGUUUUCUCAAACACACACAUUUCCACCCCGCAACAUGCGUUACAAAAGUGCUUUAAUUCCAGACAGUUCUAUAUAUAAUGUAGUAAAGCAUAGUUAUCACGUUGUUCUAGUUCAGAUAGUGCGUAAGAUAGAUCAAUUGUUACGAAAGAAACUAAACUCGUUGAAUUGUU